CACAACGUUGUCAAAGUAGAUGCGGAUCCACGAGGCGAUAGCCGAAUGGAUCGCAGAUAAUAAAUUGUCAAACCCGACGAUAACAAAUUGUCCGCUCUCGCUCGUUGACGCAUCGCACAAAUUAUACAUUCAUGUGUCUGUCCGCUUAUUGACAAAGAAAAUUAGCCAAUAUGAGCACGCGAGAAUUUAUGCAGUUACCGUAAAAAAUGCACUUAAUUGUUUGUUCAGUACAGAUAAUCAAUCGCCUUGAUAAGCAAAGUAUGUUUCAGAUGCUCGGGGGUACUCCCAGAAAAAUUGGAUGGGGGCGUGCGGCGCGUUUCCCAAAUCCCUUACCCUAUUUAUGACCAAAAUCUGCGAUUUUCCCUACCCUAUGCAUUUCUUGUUUUCAUCCACUGAAUGGUUUCCGAUGUUUUGCCAGUACUUGCUUUCCACGCUGGUUUUCAGGCUCUCUAGUGGGGUACAUAAAAAAAACAUCAUGCCUGCCCAUAUGAAUCGCGAUGACGUCAUGAGAUGUUAUGGUUCGUGUAGACUUGUCAGCGUGACAUGUUCAGACUUGCCCGAGCGACCGGAACAUUGAAAUAUUCUACUGACUAGGGUAGGGAGAGAUGAACCAGACAAUAAACCGAUUUAUCCCCACUGAAUACAUAAAAUUAAUAUCUUUUGAUAGUGAGACUUGUAAAUCACCUUUCAAAAUACGGUAUCAUAUUUUGGUAAAUUUGCUCUCACAAAUAUGUUUCCACGUUAAUUAACCAUACUUAUCACUACCCCUCCCUAGUAAAGCAAUUUUUUCCCGCGCUCUCCCCGUUAUAAAAACCGGAAGUGAAAAUCAAAUUUUUCAUUUUUGCAACGGACAUCAAAACAUGGCGGGCAAGGCAAGCGAUUACGCGAGAAGAAAAAUUGUUAUUUUUGCAAGUGAAUUAGCCAGUGCUGUUGGACGGCAUAGAUAUCAAUCCAGAGAAGAAACCUUCCAACGAGUUUGGCUUCGAUCACAUCCACAAUCGUUUUGUUUUGCCUAUGCCUUGCAGUUCAAAACUGAAGUUCACUCCAUGUUGACAGAAUGUGAAGAAUUGCAGCUUCCAUCUUUGACAGAAGAAUCCGAUCUCGUCGAUUUCGGUGCAGAACUAAGAAAAAUAAUUUGCGACAUUUCACUGAGAAAAAUUUAUUGGAAAACGUUGAAUUUCCUGAAAGUGAAACUCUUUAGAAGCAGCAAAGAAGACCAAGCACUAGUAGCAGCUAAAGUGGUCGAACAGGUUGCAGCCGAGGUCAAGACACUUUGUCAGAACGAAGAAAAACCCGUGGAAUCGGUUGUGAAAGAGAUUUGUGCCAAGGCCAGAAUCGAAAAGAAGGAGGUCGUAGAGGCAGUUGAGUCCAAAAUCACGAAGGAUCGCGGAACGCAGUUGGAAGGCAAAGCUGUUCUAGAUUUCGGAAAACCCAAAGGGAUUGAGAUCGAACGCCCCAUCGCACCCGAGUUGUACUACAGGGACAUGGAAUACAAUGGUGUACAGUGGAGUGUAUGUGGCAAGGUGGAUGCAGAAACAGAAGAUAGUGUGAUUGAAGUAAAGAAUCGAAAGAAUCGCUUCAUGUGUCCUGAAUAUGAUUACAUUCAGCUCCAAACCUACUUGUUCAUCCGCAACAAAUCCAAGGGUGUCUUACUGGAGAGGUUGAAAGGAGAAAACAAAGAAUCGUGUAUUGAUUUUGAUGAAGAGCUUUGGGAAGAAGUGACAAUCGACCUUGCUGAGUUUGUCACAGAAUUACUGGACGCCAUGACGAUGAGUAAACAGGCACUGUAUGGCCAUUCUUCACCGAGGAAGCGAGAGCAUGAACAGGUGGCCGAGGCUGAAGACCCAGUCAAUUGCCAGGACACAGAUGAGGGCCAAGUGAAGAAGAUUGUAAUGGAAGAAGAUAAAGCUACGAACGAUACAGAAACACAGGGAACUACAGAAUAAACUUAUUCCGGGUGUUCUUCUGGUGAAACACUUGUUUACCCAUUUUCAAAUGACUGUCAAUCAUUAUACAGUGUAGAAAACAUUCAUACUGCCUGUCCAUCUCCCCCUAUCUCUUCAUUGUUUCAUGCCCUGGUCCUUUGUUUAGGGGAUUUGGGGAUUAGAAUUUUGAUUGUGGAGUUACGUUUAGCUUUUAGCAGAGAUGUUAACUACAGCUUGGUUACAUGAUGUGACAAUUUACAGAGUGUUUGAGUCAUUUGUGAUAAGGCAAUAAGAAAUCGGCAAUCUAAUAGGAUUUAUCACAAAUGUCACUACUAAAGUGUAAAUAUACUGAACUUGAGACCUUUCAGUGAGCAGAAAAUAUUGCUCCAGGAUUUCAGGUUAUUUCCUGAGAAAAGAGCCAUUUGCUCCUUGCAUUUUCAGAAAAUAUGCGAGGUUGCUUCUCAUAGCCAUGGCUAAAGAAGAGGUAAUUACUUUUUCUUAUAAUAAUCAAUCUGAUUAAAACGAUAUUGGGAAAAUCAUCACUGGUAACAAAAAAUAUGAAAUCUCUUUAGGGAAGGGUAUGUUUUCCACACCACUGGGGUGCAGCAGUCUUAAGUGUUUUGUGGUUUUGGUUUAAUUUACUUGAAAGAAAGAAUUCUUAUUGCAGACAUGAACUUUACACUAACAAAAAUAUUUAAUAUUUACAGAAUUAUAGACUUUUUCGUUGAAGGAAUCACAAAUACGAUGAAAUCAAUUUGUUUUUCAAUGCUAUGGUUGGAAUGCACUACUAAUAUAUGUAGAUACAUUAUUUAAUAAAUCAGUUUCUAUUUAUUUCCAUUACAUUUUUGGAAGAAAAGUUCAUGAUUAAAAACUGAACAGUGUGAAAAUGGGUGGAUACUACCGGAAAUUACGGUAAUUGUCUCUAAUAAUAAAUAUUUCUAAUUCUAAUAUUAUUGUUGAGCUUAUGAAGAUAUUACACCUUUGGUACUGUAAUAGCAAACUGUCUUGCGCUAAAAACUAAA